AUGGGAUACUCGACGUGGGAGUGUGGGAGCUACCUCGAUGAUGCCUUCCACCUUCGGGGCCUUCUCAUUGCUAGACUGAGGGCUUCAGGUCUUGAUGAAACUGAUGAAACAGAUCAAGAUGAUAUCUGGCAAUGCCAAACAGACUGGGGGAGCUGGAUACUGGAAGAGACGCUCCGCCGGACCAAACUGGCUGCCACUUUCUUUACACAGGUUCACAGCAUUGCCUACAACCUGUACCCCACCAUCAGGAAUAAUGAAGUGAGGUUACGCCUUCCCUGCCCGACGAAGCUUUGGAAUGCAACCACUCCUCAUGACUGGGGCGUGAUCAUGAAGUCAAUUGAUCAAAAACAAGCCUUCUAUCAUCAUGCGGUAUCCCAACUGUUGCGGGAUCCUGACUCAGCCAGCGUUGUAGAUCCAACGCCAUCGCCUUUGGGAAACUACUAUAUUCUUCACGGCCUCCUCCAGCGGAUUCAUAUAGUCCGCGAACUGGCUGUCGAUUUGGGCGGCUCCUCUGCACUAUUGCCCAGUGACGAAUUGAACCGACUUGAGAGAGCAUUGAACCUAUGGGCAACCAUGUGGCAGCAGGCGCCCGAGUCCAACCUAGACCCUUCGAAUGAGAACGGGCCAAUUCCUUUUACUUCGAGCUCCCUGCUUGCGCUAGCGUACGUCAGACUAUCGAUGAACAUUGGCCCGUACAAGCGGCUCGAGAGUCGAGAUCCGGAUAUUAUCGCAAAAGCGUUGAGCGACUUGCCCCCGGUUUGGAGGUGUGCUCGCUUGACCCCGGCCCUGAUCUAUGCUAUUCAUACCGUGAGCGUUCCUGUACGGCUAGGACUGGAUUAUAUUGCAAAAAGCCAAGCCUUCUUCUGGAGCGUGCGCCACGCGUUAGCGAGCUUCGAAUGUGUGAUUCUUUUGAGCAAGUGGCUCCGGGCUGUGGCUGUUGAUCAGAAGAAAACACUGAACACGAACGAGAAGCGGAUUAUUCGUUGGGCCCGUUUGGUUGUUGAGGAAGCUCAUGAUUCUAUGGAUACCGCCGAAGGAGAGGUGCCUGGGCGUGAGCCAGCUGAAUUGGCUGCCGCAGUGCUGGGCAUAUGGUCUCGCUUUUUCAAGCAAAACUCGCAAUGGAAGUUUAUCAACAUUCUUGGAGAAAGCCUGGCAAGAUACGCGCAGCUGCAGAUGUCUAGCUAG